CAGCGGGAGCGGGAGCAGCGGCUCCAAAUGCCGGGAACACGGCUCAGCGAGACACGGCUGGCCGGCUCUGGGAGAGAGCUGUGUGCCCGGGCUCAGUGACUGUGUGUGUGUGCGGUCCUCCCCAGCACAGGCUCCGGACACUCACUCACUCACUGACCAGUGACUGACUGACUGAGGGGCUGAGUGAGUGAAACCUCCUCCAUCCCUCCUUUCCUCUCUCCCUCCCUCCCUCUCUCCUCUUUCUCCCUCCCUCCUUCCUUCCCUCUCUCCUUCCCUCCUUCCCUCCCUCCCUUCCUUCCUCUCAGUGGGAUGUCCCUCUCCCUCUCUCUGACCCCCCAUAUCCAGGAGACGCCAAGUGACCCGCACUCUGCAAGUGGGGGGGGCUCCUCCUCCCCUCCGCCACCCAGGGGACCCUUAAAGACGCGAUGAGAAGGUCGCCAGGUUAGAGAGGCUUGGGUUUCUCCCCCGGGAUUGAGAUGGUGAAGUGGGGGUUGUCUGGGAGGAGGAGAAGGAGGGGGACAUGUCCCGGACCAUCAGAACCUCUGAGGUUUGAGCAGAGUGAGAGUAGGCGAAUCCUGGGCGCUGGAAGGACGCUCGGGGGGUAAUUUAUAAUAAUUGCUGUAAUUUGUGUGUGUGUGUGUGUGUGUUCCUGAUCAAGGAGCUCCAGCAUCAUGGAGUUAUCAGAUGUGAGGUGCUCCAGUCCCAGUGAUGAGCUGUAUACCAUUAACAGGACUGGGCUGGCGAGCAGCAGCAGUAACCGACCCAAAAGGCUGCUCUGGCAGAACGCGGUCCGACACAUCACCGAGCAGAGGUUCAUCCAUGAGCAAGGCGGAGGGGCGAGGACCAUCUCCUCCUCGGAGAGCUCCUGGAGCCCCGGCAGGAGGAAGCACUCUGCCGGCAAGAUGUCCAACAACGGCAGCACCAAGGUCUUCCCGGAGGGCCCCAGCAACGAGCUGGGCUUCCUGCCUCUGGACACCGCCCCCAGCAACUCCGACUUCUUCCUCAACUGGGGCUACAUCUACCGCGGGGUCAUCUUCCCGACUCUGAGGAACUCCUUCAAGUCCCGGGACCUGGAGCUGCUCUACCAGCGCUACUUCCUGGGCCAGCGGCGCAAGUCGGUGAUCGUCGUGAACAUCUUGGAUAUCCUGACCAAGGUGACCGUGCUGAUCCUCCACCUCACCCUGUCCCUGAUCCCCCUGCACCCGGUCAAAGGCAUCCUGCUCGGAGUGUUCGCCGGCAUCCAGGUGGUCACCUGUGCCUUGGUGGUGGCCAAGAAGGACACGGCUUCGCAGAGUUACCUGCAGUACACCGGCCUGCUGACCUGGCUGGUCAUGGCCAGUCAGAUCCUGGACGCCGACUUCGGCUACGGACUUUGUGGGGAGGGCACCGACUACUCGCUCUUUACCCUGUUCGCCACCUACAGCAUGCUGCCCCUGCCCCUGACCUGGGCGAUCCUGGCUGGCCUCCUGACCUCUGUGCUGCACCUUGUCAUUAAAAUCCUCACGCACCGGAUUGUGUUACCACCAACAAACCAGGUGAUAGCCCAGGCAGUGUUGUUUAUGUGCAUGAACACGGCUGGGAUAUUUAUCAGCUACCUCUCAGACCGAGCUCAGCGUCAGGCUUUCCUGGAAACAAGGCGUUGUAUAGAGGCCAGACUGCGGCUAGAGUCAGAGAAUCAAAGACAGGAGAGGCUGGUUCUUUCAGUUUUACCACGGUUUGUUGUAUUGGAGAUGAUUAAUGACAUGUCGAGUGUGGAUGGUGAACAAUUACAGCCCCAGUUUCAUAAAAUCUACAUACAUCGCUAUGAAAAUGUGAGCAUUCUCUUUGCAGACGUGAAAGGUUUUACCAACCUCUCUACAACCCUGUCUGCACAGGAACUGGUGAGGAUGCUGAAUGAACUGUUCGCAAGAUUUGAUCGACUUGCACAUGAGCAUCACUGCCUUAGAAUUAAGAUCUUGGGAGAUUGCUACUACUGUGUUUCUGGACUUCCUGAACCACGUCAAGACCACGCACACUGCUGUGUUGAAAUGGGUCUUAGCAUGAUCAAGGCAAUAAGAUAUGUGAGAGUCCACACAAAACAUGAGAUUGAUAUGCGUAUAGGAAUACACUCUGGAUCGGUGCUUUGUGGAGUGCUUGGGCUUCGGAAAUGGCAAUUUGAUGUCUGGUCCUGGGAUGUUGAUAUUGCAAACAAAUUGGAGUCUGGUGGAAUCCCUGGGAGGAUUCACAUUUCUAAAGCGACACUGGAUUGUCUAAAUAAUGAUUAUGAGGUUGAAGAAGGGCAUGGGAAAGAGAGAAAUGAGUUUCUGAGAAAACACAAUAUUGAAUCGUACCUGAUCAAGCAACCAGAAGAAAGCCUGUUGACUUUGCCUGAAGACAUUAUGAAAGAAUCCAGUACACCUCCUGACAGUAGAAACAGUGCCACAACAUUUACUGAAGGUUCCUGGAGUCCUGAACUUCCAUUUGAUAAUAUUGUUGGAAAACAGAACACUCUGGCUGCCCUAACAAGAAAUUCAAUAAAUCUGCUUCCAAACCACCUUGCACAAGCUUUGCAUGUCCAAUCUGGGCCUGAGGAAAUUAACAAGCGAAUAGAACAUAUCAUCGACUUAAGAAGUGGGGAUAAAUUAAGAAGAGAGCAUAUCAAGCCUUUCUCACUGAUGUUUAAAGAAUCCAGCCUGGAGGAAAAGUAUUUACAGAUGCGAGAUGAAGUUUUCAAGUCAAAUCUGGUGUGUGCUUUUAUUGUUCUUAUAUUCAUCGCCACAGUACAAAGUCUAUUUCCUACACCAAGAACAAUUCCUGUGGCGAUCCAAUAUACUAUUCUGAUCAUAUUGCAUGCUGCAUUGAUACUAUUCACAACUGCAGAGGAUUAUAAAUGUCUGCCUUUAAUGCUUCGGAAAUGUUGCUGCUGGAUCAAUGAAACACAUUUCGCACGGAAUAUUGUUACACUUAUCUCCAUUAUCAUAAACUUCCUUAGCGCUAUGAUGAACAUAUUUUGGUGUGAUUCAGAUACCUUGACAACUGUAAAGAAUCAGACAUUCAACUCUACUGACAUGUAUGCAGACAUAUGCUUCUAUCCAAAGUAUUUUGUGUUUACUGGGGUGCUAGCGAUGGUGACAUGUGCAGUGUUUCUACGUCUGAAUUCCAUUUUGAAACUUGGCGUGCUGCUGGUAAUGAUUGCAGUUUACUCACUGCUGACUGAAACGAUCUCCAACUCGAUCUUUAUCAGAUACGACAACAGUCGUCACAAUGAAACCAGAGACUUGCUAAGCUCAAAGGAGUCCUCCUUGCUGUUAAUGGCAAUGUUUGUUUUAGCUGUUUUUUAUCAUGGACAACAGCUGGAAUACACUGCAAGACUGGACUUCCUAUGGCGAGUCCAAGCAAAAGAGGAAGUUAAUGAAAUGAGAGAGCUACGAGAACAUAAUGAAAAUAUGCUUCGAAAUAUUCUACCAAGUCAUGUUGCACACCAUUUCUUGGAAAAGGAUAGAGACAAUGAGGAACUUUAUUCACAAUCUUACGAUUCUGUUGCUGUGAUGUUUGCCUCCAUUCCAGGAUUUGCAGAUUUUUAUUCUCAAACUGAGAUGAAUAACCAAGGAGUAGAAUGUUUACGUUUGCUGAAUGAAAUUAUUGCUGAUUUUGAUGAGUUGUUGAUUCAAGAGCGAUUUCAAGACAUUGAAAAAAUUAAAACAAUUGGAAGUACUUACAUGGCUGUCUCUGGAUUGUCUCCUGAGAAACAGCACUGUGAUGAAAAAUGGGGCCAUCUCUGUGCUUUGGCAGACUUUACCAUUGCGUUAAACGAAAGUAUACAGGAAAUAAACAAACAUUCCUUCAAUAACUUUGAACUUCGUGUUGGGUUUUGUACAAGUUUUCCUUGCUGGCCACAAUCCAUCCUUGACUCCCAGGUCUGUUUGCUCACCUCUAAAAGGAGAAGAGAAGGCAAAGAAAAGGGAGAGAGUGCACAAUCUGAUUUCUUUAAGUUGGCAAUGGAGAAACAUAGAAUUUGCAAACACCUAGAGACAGUAUCACAAUACACAUGUAUCCUUUGAUUAGUGAUAGAACUGAGCAGCCUGAGUAUGGUGACUGUCAAGAUUAUGACUUUGCAAUGAUUAAAUCACAACCCUUUAUUUUGUCUUCACAGGUGCAGCUAUUGUCAUUGGACAUCCAUGAGGAUGAGUCCUUAGAGGACCUCACUCCUUCUGGGCAUGCACCACCACAGAAGGUGCAACCACACACACUAGUAUGGUUCUACUUAGAUAGUUUGCCAGAUUUUCACCGAAUGUGCAUGAAUGGACAGUAGUGGAUGAUCCAGGUCAGGGAGCACAGUGGAGUUGUCACUGAGAAGUAAAAUUCAAGAGACACAUCAGCAACCUAGAGAAGUAUUAACAGAUGUGCUGCAUAAACUCUCUGUCUCCACUGUACUGGUGGAGACCAAAAAGGAGCAGAGUUGAUGAUGCAAGGUCUGCCUCAUCCAGGAAUGUGAAAAGGUCUGCCAUGGAGAGGAAGCCCACCUCAUGGGAGCUUUGAACAUCCUCCGAAAUGAGUUCAUGCAGGCGAUGACCAUAGCUGUGUAGAGGCCAAAAAAUGUUGUGACCUUAAAAAGUGCUACUGAUUGCUGCCAGGUUGCAAUACAUAUUGGAGAAGGUGAGGACUGCAUAUGCUGGAGAGUCAGAGUUGAAAAGUGUGGCUCUGGAAAGGUACAGCAGAUCAGGCAGCAUUAGCCUUUAGGAGGGAUGAUGGCAAAAGUGGGUGUGGAAAUGGGAAUUCUACUCUUUUCCCGAUUCUUCUCACUGUCUCAGUACCUCACAGUACCUAACUUCAUCUCCUAUUUUUGGGAUGACCUUCAGAGGGCAUGAGCCAAUAGUUGUCUCAUUGCUGGAAUAUCUGGCAAGCCUCUGGUUCCUAGUGGGAUGGGUUUCUCCAUGUUAAUUUUGAUAUGAUUAUGAACCAGUUCUGGAUUGUUGGACAAGCUCAUAAUGCUUUAUAAUAUUGCCAAAAAUGUGCAGUCAGUGGAAAUCAGCCAACUAUCCUGAGCUAUUGUGAUUGUGAGGCAAAUUUUGUUGGAACUUGAAAGCAAUCGUAAAUAAUCUGCUCACUAUAUUUAUGAGGAUCCGACUGGGAGUCACUGAAUAUCUCUCCAGUCGUGCCCUGGAAGAAAUCAGUGAUGAAAAAGUGCAGGGAAUUGGUCAGUGUUGGAGCUAUGGCUAAUUUGUGGCCACUGGGGCCAACAGUGAGCAGCACCUCCUGUGGAAGGCUGCAAGCUGCCACCACCUCGAUGUGACAACUUCAACCUGAGGAAGUAUCACUUUUCCAAAAGGUCAAGGAAAAUGAGCCUCUGUUUGUAAAGGCUAUGACCUGGCUAGUGUCUCCCGUGACAUCAGCCUUAUUUGACUGCCUGUGUGGAGUUUGCACGUUCUCCCUGUGUCUGGAUUUCCUCCCACAGUCUAAUGUUAGGUGAACUGGCC